UGGAGGGGAGUGGAGGGGAGGGACCAGCAGCGCCGCAGACGGCGAGAGCUGCCACAGACACGCGCGGACGCCAUGGCUGCACUGGUCCUAGCCGGAGUGGCGCUGCUGACCGGGCUGGUGGUCGCCGAACCACCGCCCUACGUGAGGCAGUGCAACGCCACGGACCCGCGCCUCACGGACUGCUUCAUCGCAGCGCUGCACCACCUGCAGCCCUUCGUGGCCCGAGGCAUCCCGGAGAUAGAGAUGCCGGCGGUGGAGCCAUUCCGCAUGGAGGAGCUCUCCCUGGCGCUGACGACUGGCCCUAACGGCUACAGGAUCACCCUCAAGGACAUCGACAUACAUGGCGUCAGCAACUUCACCGUCACCAGGCUCAGGCUGGGGGAGAAGGGGAAGCCGUUCGAGGCGCGCGUGCACUUCCCCAAGCUGGACAUCGCCGCGAGGUACACCAGCAGCGGCGUGCUCAUCAUCCUGCCUGCCAGCGGCAGUGGGCUGUUCCACGCCAGCCUGGGUGACAUCAUCGCCGACAUAAAGGGGACUGUCAGCUCCUCCCGGAAGAACGACUUGGACUACCUUCAUGUUGACACUUUGGGCCUGAACCUCAACAUCAACACAGCUCGCAUGGGUGUCAAGAAGGUCUUCAACAACAACAGGAUACUCACCGAGGCGACGAACCUGUUCCUGCGAGAGAACGGGCUGGAGGUGGUGUCGCUCAUGAUGCCGCAGCUGAAGACCAAGCUGGCAGCUGUCUUCCAGCAGAUCUCCAACCAGCUGCUGCAGCACGUGCCCACGCAGAUGUUCCUGCUGCAGUGAGCUGCUUCCCCGCUCCCCCCUGGCACUGGAGGGGGGUGUGUGACCGGGCUCCGUGCUGGCGAGACAGACCCCACCAACCAUCAUGAACCAUCAUGACGUGACACUCCCGCUUUGCGUCGUCUCUUACCACCGGCUAGUUUCUGUGUUUUGAUAAAUGCUGGCUCACUCCAUCUGGACUUAAUCCAAUGGAAUUCCUGUUGUACAUCUUUAAGAUGGAUUUCUCUUCCUCAUUUUGAAUUUUUCAGGUCUUUUUUUUUUUUUAGUAUUUCUUAGCCUCAAAUAACUAAUUAUUUCGUAGUCCAAAGCCACAAUAUGUUGAUUUCCUCUAGUUUCCACACGUUUGCUGAGUCAUGAUAUUAAAUGAUAAAUAUGUUUCUGCAAGCUUAUGUUUGUACUUAAAAGCUUCAAUGCGGCAAGGAAAAAAAUCUUCCAUUAUCAUUGAAACACAGAAGGCUAAAAAUGGAAAGCUGCUUAUUCUCGUGACGCCUUGCCGGUGGUAUAACACACUGGGACACACUGUUAAACGUGAAGGACUCUAAGAGUCGUAAAGGGACCAACAAAACUGCUUUCUCGAGGGGCAAAAUGUUGUUAUUCUUUCUACAGACUUUCACAAAAAUCAGUUUAUUUCUCUUUAGGAUUCACAAUUUGCUGGUUAUUUUAAUGAAAUAAUUUAAUAUAACAGUGUUUGGUGUCCCACAGUAAAAUCUGUCUCCAUAAAAUAAUGUAAUUUUUUUCUGGUCUCUUCUAAAGCAAAAGCGGUGUAAUGCCAAACGGCUCGCCAAACUGCUUCGCUUCUGUCUGCCCGCUUGUUCUGCGACCACAGCCCGUCCCACAGCAUCGUGGUGCGGGCGGCCUAACUCCCGGGAGAUCAGCUCGUCGAGUCUCUCCACGUGCUAGAACGUGCAAGUCUCGCCUCGCUCGGUUUCAUUCAUCUGUUCGGGACCGAUAAGACUGUGUUUCGCAUCCCAAGUGUUGACUGCUACAUCUCAAUUGCUCAACGCUGUGUUUGUGAUUGGAAAAUUGUUUUGGAAUAAUUACAUUGUGACUUAACGUAGACGUACAAAAUAAUGACACUUUUCCGUGAUUUGAUUUUGUAUUUACAAAAAUAAACAAAAUGUAAUUUAUACUAGGUGUUAAAUAGACAUAUUUGUAUUUCCUUCCAAAUUUAAAAUAUAAUUGGACAUUAAAUUAUUAUAAAAUUAAA